UACGAGCACUGCUCCCAUGUGCAAGCCGCCUCGAUCCCCUUGUGCCUGGGGCCCGAGGAUGUCAUCGCCAAGGCCAAGACCGGCACUGGGAAGACCCUGGCAUUCAUCAUUCCAACCAUUGAAAAGGUGCGUCGUAUAACGUCUUGCGUUCUUGCCCGCCGCGCCCCACCUGGCAAGGUGUCAGCUCUGGUCCUGAGUCCCACUCGGGAGCUGGCUCGUCAGAUUCAAACGGAGGCGCACAAGAUGCUCACAUUCCACCCGGAACUGCACUCCAUGGUGGUGUACGGCGGUGUUGACGUCAAAAAGCAUCUCCGGGCAAUCAAAGGGCGCAUGCCCGACAUCCUGAUUGCCACCCCGGGGAGAUGCUGGGACAUCAUGACACAGUCGCACCCCGCGCUGAGAACCCUCCUGGACAGCACCCGAGUCCUAGUUCUCGAUGAGGCGGACAACCUGCUGGACAUGGGCUUCAGGCCGCAGAUUUCUAAGAUCCUGGGCUCCUUGCCGCCAACUUCCCAACGUCAGACGUUUCUCUUCUCCGCCACAUUUCCGGCGGACGUCAAGAGCCUGGCGGAUGUGGCUCUGAAGCGACAACACAGAUAUGUUGACGCGGUGGGUGAGGAUGUCGCCACCCACACACACGUGGAGGCCAGCAGCCUGGUGGUGCCGCUGCAGGGAGGGGAGCUGGCGCUGCAGCUGCUGGGGCUCAUUGCGGCACACAUAGCGCAAGAACCUGACUACAAGAUUAUUGUGUUCUUGCCCACCGCCCAUCUGACGGCCUUUUACGCGCGGUUGUUCGAGUCCGCGGGUUUGUCCGGCGUGUUGGAGAUCCAUAGUCGCAAGAGUCAGGCACAGCGGGACAGGGCCUCGGCGCAGUUCCGCUCCGAGUCCCGACUGGUGAUGUUCAGCUCGGAUGUGUCCGCGCGAGGAGUGGACUACCCCAAUGUGACGUAUGUCAUCCAGCUGGGCGCUCCAUCGAACCGGGAGCAGUACAUCCACCGCGCUGGUCGUACUGGACGAGCUGGACGACCAGGUCAGUGCACUCUGCUGCUAGCGGACUUUGAGCAGCGCUUCCUGGACCGCCUCCGGGAUUUGCCUAUCACGCCGCUACGGCCGCUACAGCUGCCAUUGCCGUCUCAGCAGCAGCGGCGGCAGCAGCAGCAGCAGGCUCUACCGGCGGCGCUGGCUCGCGACCCAGCCGGGACCUUGGCUCGUGCGCUGGGCGGGCUGGACGCUGAAGCCCGAGGUCGUGCGUAUCAGAGCUUCUUGGGCUACUAUAAGAGCCACGAGGUCCUCAAGUUCCGUUCCGAGCAGGUGGUUGCCCUGGCCAACCAGUACGCGGCGGAGGUGCUGGGAUGCCCCACACCGCCGGGCUUGCUAGCCAAGACAGUCGGCAAGAUGGGGCUCAAGGGAGUACCGGGGCUCGUCAUCGUCAAGGAACGACAGCAGGGUCAGGGCAAGGGCCAGGGGCAGGGACAACAACACGCCCCAUGGGCAGAAGGAAAUGGAGGUGGUGUAGGUUUCGGAGCGGACCAUGGGUCGCCACAUCACCAGCACCACCACCACCACCAACAACAACAACAACAACAACAGCAGCAGCAGCAGCAGAGGCAGCUGAAGCGCAGCGCGGAGGCAGAGCCGGAUGGCGAUGCGGAGGCAGCACGAGGACGGUGGCGUGGCAGCGGCGGCGGUGGCGGCGGCGGUGACCGGCACGGGAGCAGGCAGACUCCUGCUGGAGUGGCGACAGGAGGAGCGUCUAGGAAAUUUGUACUCGCCGGGGGAAGGGGAGGAGGGCCGUCGGGAGGUGGCGGUGGUGGCGGACGGGACCGGGGCGGUGGCCGCCGUUGAUCGGGGGUUGAGGCAGCCGGGGAGGGGGGAGGGGGGAAGUAAGGGGAAAGGGGAGAGGGCCAAACACACGCACACACCCGGACGUGGCGGAAGUAGCUGGUGACGAGGCGGAGCUUGACAACUAGGGUGGUGGUUCGAUGAAAGAAACGACGUGUCGGGUCGAGGAGGAAGAAAUGUAUGGAGGAGCUGCUGGAGGCGCUGCAGUGUACUACGUGCCAGGGAGAAUCACAUCCAUACACUCGCGAAGACCGCUUGUGGCUUUACCCUACUUGUACGGCCCUUGUGAAGCUGCUUACCAAUAAUUUUUCCCAUAGUUAUCCCCAUUGAAUAUAAAUUGUUUGACUACUGCUGUUGUACUGCUCUGGUCGUCGUACUCCGUAAUGCAGCGGUGCAGCGUAGCUUGCUUUCUCAAAGCGACAGGGAAACAUAUAUUUUUUAGAUAUGCCUACGAUUGGAACGAAGUAUUGGCUAUAGUGCAAGUAUAAUAUAUAGAUAUACUUGCAGCAGUUCCAGUAUGCCGACCGACAAUAAUAUAUUUAAACACAGGCCGCGGUAAGGAGACGUGUUUGUUUGCGUCGGUGAUCCGGCUUCUCAGGCGAGGAUCCUUUUGCCUGUAAGAUAGAAAAUAAU